AGAGGGAAGAGGUGAGUGACCGGCGGUCAGCUCGAGCGACCUCCCUCACCGGCCGCUCUCCUGCGGGGGAUCCCGGGGCCGGCGGGGAGGGAAUGGGGAAGGAGCCGCGCCGGGGCUAGGCCUGCCGGGGCCGUCCGGGCUGGCGACUGUUGCCUGGUGACGCGCCUGCCGCCCGCGGGCCGGGCGGGGCGGGCGGUGGGGCCGGCGCUGAGCGGACCUGGGCGAGCGGCGAGCUCCGAGGAGCGGAUCCGAGAGGCCGGAGUCCCCCGAAGAGGCCUGGAGGCGACGAGAGCCCGGGAUCCGAGUCAGCUGCUGGAGGGAGAGCCCCCCGCGCCGGCUCGGAAGCUCCGAUUUCCGUGCUAGAGAUCUUGGUACCUUUUGGGAAAUUGGACACUACCCUAGAACUGGGUAGCUCUAAUUACCCAGUAUUGCAGCCAUGGAGUCCAUGCUUAAUAAACUGAAGAGUACUGUUACGAAAGUAACAGCUGACGUCACUAGUGCUGUAAUGGGAAAUCCUGUCACUAGAGAAUUUGAUGUUGGCCGACAUAUUGCUAGUGGCGGCAAUGGGCUAGCUUGGAAGAUUUUUAAUGGCACAAAAAAAUCAACAAAACAGGAAGUAGCUGUUUUUGUCUUUGAUAAAAAGCUGAUUGACAAAUAUCAAAAAUUUGAAAAGGACCAAAUAAUUGAUUCCCUAAAACGAGGAGUUCAGCAGUUAACUCGACUUCGACACCCUAGACUUCUUACUGUCCAGCAUCCUUUAGAAGAAUCCAGAGAUUGCUUGGCAUUUUGUACGGAACCAGUCUUUGCCAGUUUAGCCAACGUUCUUGGUAACUGGGAAAACCUGCCUUCCCCCGUAUCUCCAGACAUUAAGGAUUAUAAACUGUAUGAUGUAGAAACCAAAUAUGGUUUACUUCAGGUUUCUGAAGGAUUGUCAUUUUUGCACAGUAGUGUGAAAAUGGUUCAUGGAAAUAUUACUCCAGAAAAUAUAAUUCUGAAUAAGAGUGGGGCCUGGAAAAUAAUGGGUUUUGAUUUUUGUGUACCAUCAACCAAUCCUUCUGAACAAGAGCCUAAGUUCCCUUGUAAAGAAUGGGACCCAAAUUUACCGUCAUUGUGUCUUCCAAAUCCUGAAUAUUUGGCUCCUGAGUACAUACUUUCUGUAAGCUGUGAAACAGCCAGUGAUAUGUAUUCUUUAGGAACUGUUAUGUAUGCUGUAUUUAAUAAAGGGAAGCCUGUAUUUGAAGUGAACAAACAAGAUAUUUACAAAAGUUUCAGUAGGCAGUUGGAUCAGUUGAGUCGUUUAGGAUCUAGUUCACUUACAAAUAUACCCGAGGAAGUCCGCGAACAUGUAAAACUACUGUUAAAUGUGACUCCCACAGUCAGACCAGAUGCAGAUCAGAUGACAAAGAUUCCCUUCUUUGAUGAUGUUGGUGCAGUAACCCUACAAUAUUUUGAUACCUUAUUCCAAAGAGAUAACCUUCAGAAAUCACAGUUUUUCAAAGGACUGCCAAAGGUUCUACCAAAACUGCCCAAGCGUGUCAUCGUGCAAAGGAUUUUGCCUUGUUUGACUUCAGAAUUUGUAAACCCUGACAUGGUACCUUUUGUUUUGCCCAAUGUUCUACUGAUUGCUGAGGAAUGCACCAAAGAAGAGUAUGUCAAAUUAAUCCUACCUGAACUUGGCCCUGUAUUUAAACAGCAGGAGCCAAUCCAGAUUUUGUUAAUUUUCCUACAAAAAAUGGAUUUGCUACUAACCAAAACCCCUCCUGAUGAGAUAAAGAACAGUGUCCUACCGAUGGUUUACAGAGCACUAGAAGCUCCUUCUAUUCAGAUCCAGGAGCUCUGUCUAAACAUCAUUCCAACCUUUGCAAAUCUUAUAGACUACCCGUCCAUGAAAAAUGCUUUGAUACCGAGAAUUAAAAAUGCCUGUCUACAAACGUCUUCCCUUGCUGUCCGUGUAAAUUCAUUAGUAUGCUUAGGAAAGAUCUUGGAAUACUUGGAUAAGUGGUUUGUACUCGAUGAUAUCCUACCCUUCUUACAACAGAUUCCAUCCAAGGAACCCGCAGUCCUCAUGGGAAUUUUAGGUAUUUAUAAAUGUACUUUCACUCAUAAGAAGUUGGGGAUCACCAAAGAGCAGCUGGCUGGAAAAGUAUUGCCUCAUCUCAUCCCCCUGAGUAUUGAAAACAAUCUGAAUCUUAACCAGUUCAAUUCUUUCAUUUCCGUCAUAAAAGAGAUGCUUAAUAGAUUGGAAUCUGAACAUAAGACUAAACUGGAGCAACUUCAUAUAAUGCAAGAACAGCAAAAAUCUUUGGACAUAGGAAAUUCAAUGAAUGCUUCUGAGGAGACAAAAGUUACCAAUGUUGGGAAUCAGCAACUAGACAAGGUUUUUACCAGCCUUGGAGGAGACCUGCUGUCUGGCGGGGAGCCAGAAAACAAAGAGGAUGGGUCACACAAUAAACAGAAAAGAGGAUCUCUUACCCUUGAAGAAAAACAAAAAUUAGCAAAAGAACAAGAGCAGGCACAGAAGUUGAAAAGCCAGCAGCCUCUUAAACCUCAAGUGCACACACCGAUUGCUCCAGUCAAACAGACCAAGGACUUGACAGACACCCUGAUGGAUAAUAUGUCAUCCCUCACCAGCCUUUCUGUCAGUAACCCUAAACUCUCUACUUCAAGUACCUUCACUUCUGUUCCUUCCAUGGGCAUUGGCAUGAUGUUUUCUACACCGAUUGAUAACACAAAGAGAAAUUUGACAAAUGGCCUAAAUGCCAAUAUGGGCUUUCAGACUUCAGGAUUCAACAUGCCGCCUAAUACAAACCAGAACUUCUUCAGUAGUCCAGGCGCGCCUGCAGUGAGCAAGGUGACCCUGGGAACACCUCCCACUCUGCCAAACUUCAAUGCUUUGAGUGUUCCUCCUGCUGGUUCGAAGCAAACUCCACAAAGAUCCACAGAUAUGUCUGCCCUUAAUAAUCUCUUUGGCCCUCAGAAACCCAAAGUUAGCAUGAACCAGUUAUCACAACAGAAACCAAAUCAGUGGCUUAAUCAGUUUGUACCUCCUCAAGGUUCUCCAGGUAUGGGCAGUUCAAUGGGAACACAGAUGAACAUGAUGGGACAAUCUGCCUUUGGUAUGCAGGGUAAUCCUUUCUUUAGUCCACAGAACUUUGCACAGCCACCAACUACUAUGACUAAUAGCAGUUCAGCUAGCAAUGAUUUAAAAGAUCUUUUUGGGUGAGGUGUCUUGCUUCUGUUUUGAAGGAUUACUUAAUUUUAAUCAUGGGUGAGCUGAUUGACAUCUUAGUAUAGUUGGCUUGGAGGAACUCCUAUGGGAAGGUGAAUGGUUCUGUGACAGAAAACAUCUGUUUCCGUGCCAGCAUGGUAGUUGUAUGGACUUCUAACCAGUUGAGUUUGUUUUUUAAAGCAUCGAGGAUUUUUUUUCCUCUUACCAACUCCUCUUCAGGUUUUUAAAGGCCCAACCUUUACCAAUCUCAAAGAAAAAACAAGGACAGCUGCAUUAUCUUGAAUAGCGGAAUUUUUCAAUCAUCUGUUUAUUUUGGCUUGUGAAUCUUGAUGUUAUUUAAAAAAUCGAUUUGAUGGGUCAUUGCAAGCUCAUCUGUUAAGUACAAUGUGGUGUACACAGUCUCCCUUCCUAAGAAGUCUUAGUCUUCAUUUUAAUGUGUGAAAACUCUUGAUGCCGUAUCAAUCUGUUUGCAUUUAGUCAGACUGAGAGAGAAAAUUAUAAGCAUAAAGAGAAGGAUCAGGUCAUUUCCUUUUUCCAAAUUUAUUUACUUUUCAGAUGAACUAGUGUUUAGUACAAAAAGAUUGAGCAAAUAUUGAAAAAUUUGACUUACCUUGAUUUCAUUGGUUUAAAUACAUGACUAACCAUCUUAACUGCAAACUAAUCAUUGUAAAUUCUAUUUUAGCAUGGUCUGCCUCAAGUAGUAAUGUCUUUUUCUGCAUUUACUUGGGUAUGUAUAGAAUCCCUUUUUUUCAUCCUCCAUCACAGAAGAGGUAUGUGCUGAUUGGUACAGAUAAACUUGACAGAGCACUCUGAGGGGAUUUCCCUACCUACUGCCUUCAUAUUUCAUUCUGAAUUCAGACCUCUGAAGUUACAGCAUAUGUGAAUUGCAUUUUCAAAAGGAGAUUUGUAAGAAUUAAACUAUAUUUAAUGAGUAAAUUUUUGAGAUUUCUGCUGUAUUGUUUCAAAUGUAAUAAACUUUACUUCUCUAAAAAUGAGCAGUUGUAUCUUCUGGCUACCAACAGAUUGAUUUCUGCCUGCCAUGAUCGUCCGACCUCCUCAAUUACUGCUACUCAAUUUUAAUUAUUUUCUAGGAAUUUUAGGAACCUUUUGUUUGAACAUUUUGAUGUGUAUAAUAAGUGAUUUGGAAAAAGUAAAUUCUCCUAACAGGAAACAUGCUUUAUUUUUCAAUACCUUCUUCUGAUAUUUUUAUUUAAUUUGCUGAUUAUUUAACCACAGAGCCUUAUGCUAUAAAUGUCAUUGUAUUUUUAAAAAAUUAUAUGCCACUGUUAUGUGAUAACCUUAAAACUAUCUUUCAAAGAACUAUAUGUGUAUUAUAGUUACUGCCAUAGAACUUGUGGUUUUUAAUUAUCUGGAACCAGCAAUUAUUUAAAAUAAAUCGUAUGAAGUUUUGUGUGCUGGUCCUAAGUUUAUUCAUUGACUAUGAGUAUUCAUUGAAAAAUAUAUAUACACAUAUGCUACAUAUAUUUAAUAUGUAGUAUUUGAUUACAAAAUAUAAUUUGAUGACAUGAUUAUCGCUGGCAGCAUUCACUUAAGAGGGUAGCUUAAAAAAUAAAAGUCAGCUUUCACACCUAGUGUCUGUGUGAGCUGUGCUUUGUUACAUGGUUUUAGAAAAAGAAUUGCUCGAAUUGCUAAAGAAACUUAGAAACUUAUCCGAGAAAUGUAAACACUAGGAAGACCAAAAUGUUUUUGCCACAUUCAUUUAUAACUUGACCAGACUAGCUAUCUUGUUUGUAACACAAUCCGUCCUUUGGGAUAAGCUUCCAUAUGGAAUAAAAUUGCCUAAUGUUGACAAUCUUUUCUUUAUAAUAAUUCAGUGGUCACUGUUUAUUGAGAAACCUUUUUAUUUCAUACAAUAACUUGAUGUCGGUGUUGGGACUCCUAAUUAGAAGGAAAGCUAAACGAAAACAGCUUAUCUAACUUGAACUUCUAAAUAUGAAAAUAGAUUAUUUGAAAAAGUAUGUAAACUUUGCUCAUUCAUUUGAGGUAAUGGUGCUACACUUUUAUGAGAUUUUUCCUGUGCUUGCUUCUACUUUCUCAAAGGCAUUUUAUUUAAGUCAAUUGAACUGUUGUCAUUGCCUUUUUCUGCUGAAAAGUUGCCUCUGAAAAACAGUGCUAUUUUUAGGCUUCUGUGUUCCUAUGUAAACGAAAUUUUCAAAGUACUAGAUUGCCUUAAAAUUAUUUCAGAUAUUGAAAGUGCUUCAGUCCCUUGUGCUUAGGGUAGAAAACUGGUAGGUUAAAGAGCACCUGUAGACAAAAAUUACAGCGAAGAUGCCCUUUGGUUUGGAUCGGUUCUCUGUUCUCUGUAUGUGUGUGACAUACGUAGAGGAUGUAUAAAAGGAAAUGCAAAUAGACUUGUACUUGUCUGGGUUUUGUUUUUGUUUUUAUUUUGGAAUGCAUAUAACUCUUCCUUUUCACUAAGUUCAGGAGGUAGUUUUUUUCUUUUUCCCCUAUUUUUCUUUAACCUAUAAAAUACCUCACAUGGUUGCUUUGACAUAUGAAAAAACACAAAGGAAUAUGUGAACAUACCUGAUAGCAAGUAGAAUCUGCACCCAAUAAAUUUUAGCUUUGAUCAAACUUUCCAU